UUUUUGCUGCAUAAUUUAAGAAUAACAUGAAACAACUGAUAGAAUAUUAUUUAUAAUUAAUAUUUUUAUUAAUAAGAAGAUAAAAAAUCAAGAAGUAAUCGGUAUUUACAAAAGAUACCGUUACACGAUGCGGAAGUAGUUCCAGUGAGAACAUAGCAUAGAAUCGGAACUCGAUCGAAGUCGAGUGUCAGGAAUCGAUCGUUGAAUUUUUGAUGUCUUUCUCUUUUUCACAUAGAUAAACCAAAGAAUUAUAAUAAAUAAUUAAUCGAUAGAAAAAAGAAUCACUAAGAAAGAUUAUUGAUCAAUUUUUUAUAAUAAUACUCCAGCAUACAAAUGCAUGUUUACAUGCGAGCGAACCAAAACAUUAAUGACCUUGAAAGAGAAAUAAUCACGUGACUGUCAGAAAGCAUAAGGAUUGGAUAGUCGAGACGCAUAUAACGUGUAUUGCGCUGUGCGCGCCCUAUGUCCCGCAUUCCGUGUCCGAUAGAUGGUAGAGGUUUAGCGGGGGAAAAGGGGCAAAAGACAGACUACGCGACGGCUACAACGACGACGGCUACGACGACGAGGACGACAAGAAAGACGAGAGUGUGUCGCCGUUCGCCCGUACGUCCGUUGUGUGUGUGCGCGCGCGUUGCUCGGUUGUGUUGUCCAAGAUGAAGUCCGACUCUAAACCUUUGUUGACAGCUCAGGCGGAAAAGGCGAAUCAUUACACAUACUUGAAGGAAUUUCGCGUCGAACAAUGUCCCCUCUUUAUACAGCGCAAAUGCACACAGCACCGACCCUUCACGUGCUUCAACUGGCACUUUAUGAACCAGCGGAGGCGUAGACCGGUGAGAAAGAGGGACCGCACCUUCAACUAUAGCGCCGAUAAUUAUUGCACCAAGUACGACGAGACCACCGGCAUAUGUCCAGAUGGAGAUGAGUGUCCAUUCCUUCAUCGCACUGCUGGUGAUACAGAAAGGCGUUACCAUCUACGUUAUUAUAAAACUUGCAUGUGUGUUCAUGAUACAGACACACGUGGAUUCUGUGUCAAGAAUGGUCCUCAUUGUGCCUUUGCACAUGGCAAUCAUGAUCUUCGUCCCCCUGUUUAUGAUAUUAAAGAAAUACAGGCAUUGGAAAAUCCCGAUUCCGAUCCUAAUUCAUCAUCUAAUGGACCAAAUAUACUUGAUAAAGAACGGAAUUUGAUGAAUGAAGAUCCCAAAUGGCAAGAUACAAAUUAUGUACUAAGCAAUUAUAAAACAGAACCUUGCAAACGUCCACCUAGACUUUGCAGACAGGGUUAUGCUUGUCCACAAUAUCACAAUAGUAAAGAUAAAAGACGUAGUCCACGCAAGUAUAAAUACAGAUCAACACCAUGUCCUAAUGUGAAACAUGGAGAAGAAUGGGGUGAACCAGGCAAUUGUGAACAAGGAGAUGCUUGUACCUAUUGUCAUACACGAACGGAGCAACAAUUCCAUCCUGAAAUAUACAAAUCUACAAAAUGUAAUGACGUCCAGCAAGCUGGAUAUUGUCCACGCGGAGUCUUCUGUGCUUUUGCACAUGUUGACCGUGAGUGUACCCUCAUAAAUCUGUUGCCAACAGAAGAAAUGAGCCUGGCGAGGGACAUGGCAGUACCUAUAGAUUGUGGCACUAAUUUGGCAGAUAUCCUAAGUAAUGCGCUUCCACCUGAUAAGCGUACUCAUGAAAAAGAUAAACCACUUAGCGAUAGUAGUAAUGGAAGUGGCGAAGUAUCAGAAUCAGCAAGUACUAGCAGUGUUGGUAGCAAUAGUUCACAUAGUAAAGCUCCUGGUGCUCAACUUCAUAAUUCAAAUUCCAAUAAUACUGUAAACACUUCCAAUCAACAAAAGUUAACGAGUAUACUUUAUAAUCCCAAUUCUCUAUUGCAAGUUGGUGAAAUACGAAAACAAAUGGUUGCUAUAGAUAGUGAUCCUUUAUUAACAAAAGCAGAGAAAGCUCAACAGAAACAAAGCCUAUAUAUUGCUUAUAGUUUGAAUGGAACUUUAGGUAGUCAUUCGUUAGCAACUACUGUCUCACCACUUUCAAGUUCAUUUUAUCCAAAUGAUACUGUGGAAUCUGUAGUAGGAAGUGCAUUAGAUGAGUUACACUUAGAUGAUCCUCUAAAUUUAGUAGAAUCAAUUCAUAGGGAUACUAAUUCACCAAUUAGCAAUUCAAUAUCGGCAGGCCUAGCAAGUUCCGGAUUAUUAGGAAGCUCUGCACCAGUUAAUAUUCCUGGAAUGAAUGAACGUUCCGUUCUUACAAAUUUUUCGCCAUCCACAUCCAGUCCACUUCAACAUUUACAUUCAACUGGUUUUCUUACUGGAUCCAGAUUUUCUCAUCAGGAUUCAAUAGAAUCGACAAUACCAUUUAUGAAUCAAGUAUCAGAUCCAUUUAGCAAUCAUAUUUCACAACUUAGCAGUUCAGCUUCUAAACUUAGCGGAUUUAAUAGUAGCUUAUUUGAUUUUACAAAUCAAGGAAUGUCUCCAUCUCGUACUCAACCUCUCCCAGCAUCUCCAUUGGUUAAUGCAUUUUCCAUUAGUCCAAGUAACACAGGAUCUUUAUCUGAGGUACAAAGGCUUAGAGAAGAAUUGACAUCAAGUCGUGCCCAAUUAGCAACGUGGGAUGAGCGUAUUAAUCAAGCAAGAGCUGCUUGUGCUGCUUGGCAAUUGGAAAGUGAGGAAGCUAAAAGAAAAGCAAGUAUUGCUGAACAGCAAAGAGAUGAGGCCUUGUUGCAAGUAAAAGCAUUAAGGGUAGAAAAUGAAGCAUCUAGUGGUGGACCAUACCUUCAUACAUUGAGAAGAACAAGUGAGCUCAGAUCAUUAUCGAUAGCCGCAUUAAAAUCAAUUCAAUCACAGCUCCGUUCGGAUCUUGAAGAAGUAGAAAAGGUAGCUCAGUCGUUGCCGUUCCAGGUGCUGUACAGAGAAACGGCAACAAAGUGCAUGGUUUGCGAAGAACAAAAUCGCACUGUUACCCUCUCACCGUGUAAUCACUACGUGGUCUGCUCGACGUGCGCUCCAAAUCAACGAGAGUGCCCGUACUGCCAGACUCCGGUUGUUUCUACAAGUUAGGUCCGAAUAUUUUGUUAGAACGCCCGUUGUUAUAAUCUCUACUCUUUCUCAGUAACCAGGACAAAUAUUCUCAGAAUUGUAAUGUGAGUAGUACUAGAAUUUUUGGUACUUUAAAUGCGAUAUAUAAUAAUAUAUAAAAUAAAUAAUUACAAAAAUUGUAAUAAAUAAUUACAAGAUUUGUAUAAUCGCAAUAGAAAAAAGAAACAAGAGAAAAUACAAAUUUAUUCAAAUAUAUAAUUUGAUUAUCGCCAAAGUAAAUAUGGAUGUGAUAAGACUUCGUGUGCAUAGUCUCUAUUGUCAUACAUUUUUGUGUCAACAGUCAUGCUACUAUAUAACUGUUUAUAAAGAUUCAAAUAUCACAUCCUUUAUAUUAAGAACAUGUAUUAAUGAUCUUGAAAUGAGAAUUAUUUAUUAAUACGAAAUACAUCUAUUAGCAGGGUGCUAGCUGAAUAGUUAGCAUUUAAUAACAUAUAUACAGUUACACAAAUAUAAAAUUGAAGAAGAAAAAAAAACAAUAUAAUCAUAAAUAUGAUGGACAAAGUUUUGGGACCUUUAAAGUAUAUAUUUGUUUAAAAAUUAUAAUACAUACAUAAUUAAACGCAACAAAAGAUUAAUGUUCCACAUAAUAAUUGUGGGAUUAUUUUCCUCAAUUGUUGAGCUGUUAAACGUAUGUCACAAAUGAUGAUAUAUUUCUAUUAUAUUUAAAAAUAUAUAUUUAAAUAGGAUUUUUUAAUUGAUU